GUCGCGCCUUUGCACCUCCGGUGCUUUGUUUUUCACUUCAUCAGAGCUUCGAGUAUUAUUGACUUUCUUCACUACUUCGUUUCCAUCUUCACCUUUGCCUCUCGACUUCUUCAUCUUCAGCUUUCGCGUCUCAAUUUCUCUAUCUUCGUAACCCUUUGUCACUUCGCAGUCAUGGUUUCCUUGCCUUCUCCUCCUCCAAAUCCUUAAUUUCGAAAGCCUGAAGCUCACCGACCUUGUGAUUGACUUUUUGAGGAGCUCUCCGAUGGCGUUUUUAAGGAGCUUGUGAUUCGCACAACCUUCGUGUCUUGCCAUUUCCAUCUCCCAAUCUUUGUGUCUCACCGUUUCCAUUUUCACCGCCUUUCGCGUCUCGACUUCUCCAUUCUCACAGUCCUUCUUCACUUUGCAAUUCCUAAUUCCCUUGUCUUUCCCUGCUUCAAAUCCCUAAUUCUGAAAACCCAAGCAUUAUUAGGAGCUCGCCGAUGUUGCGAUUGGUGUUUUUUAGGAGCUUGCGAGUUGCACAAGGUGGAAUCAGACGUUGACCGGAGCCACCUCCUUCUUCACGACCUCCUUGACGGUGUUAACAACUUCUUCAGAGGGGAGAUUCCUCAAUCUCUGGGACACCUGAGAAGCCUCCAAUACUUGAGGCUCAAUAAUAACACUCUUGUUGGUGAAUGCCUAAAGUCUCUGGCUAACAUGACCCAACACAAUUUUCUGUAAUACACAUAUGAACUCUUCUGUUUUAUACUUGUAUCUCAUGCAUAAUUUCAGUUUAUAUUUCCAGUUUGGAGGUGUUAUUUGGUGGAGACACAAGCACAAUCAACAAGCAUUCUUCAAUAUUAAAGAAGUCUACCUUGGAAACUUGAAGAGGUUUCAAUUCAGAGAACUCCGGAUUUCUACUCACAACUUCAGCAGCAAAAACAUAUUAGGAAAAGGUGGUUUUGGAAAUGUCUACAAAGGAGUUCUCCCUGAUGGUACUCUUGUAGCUGUCAAGAGGCUUAAAGAUGGCAAUGCCAUUGGAGGAGAGAUUCAAUUUCAGACGGAAGUUGAAAUGAUCAGCUUGGCAGUUCUUCUGUUUCUGAAGAGGCAGAGCCAAGUCCCUUUGUUGGUCAGUGGCAAGGUAAAUCUGUUUCUUUCAUGCGAUCCAACGAGCAUGGAAACCAUGAAACACAGAGGAAAUGGGACACUUCAGGUCUUCAUGGCUUGCCUCUCAAAUUUGUUCAAGUUGACCAAAAUCCCAGGAAUUGGUGGAGAAAGCUUGAUAUCGUACGUGAUAUUAUAGCUGAAGGUCUACAAGGGGAAGAUCGGUUGGAAGCUCUCUUGUACUCAGCUAUCUAUCUCAAGUGGAUAAACACGGGGCAAAUAUCUUGUUUUGAAGAUGGAGGUCACCACCGCCCCAAUAGGCAUGCUAAGAUUUCAAGGCUUAUAUUUCGUGAACUAGAGCGACACACUACUCGGAAGGAUAUAUCUCCACAGGUGAUCUAUUAUUAGUUUUGACAGGGGAUCAUGUGGUCCUGAUUGCAUUAUCGAUGUUGCUGAUGUUUAACAAAAGUUAUAUGAGGGUGGGUGUUUA